AUGCACAUCCAUAUCGCCAUCCUCGACCUUGACAUCCCCGUCUCAACCGUCUACGCUGCCCGUGGUCUCUACAGCUCCCAAUUCACCAAUCUCCUUGGCGCCGCCGCAGCACGCCUGUCUCAGACCCUCGGCAAAGGUAGAGAAAUAACAAUCAGCACCUCCUCCUACGAUGUCGUCGGUGGUAUCUUUCCCCCAUUACAUCUCCUUCGUCCAUCACCACCCCUAGCUCGCAAUAGAGAAAGCCCAGGAGAGCGCAGAAGUAUAGACGCCAUCCUCCUAACCGGCUCCUCCGCCUCAGUCUACCGUCCAGAUCAAUACCCAUGGAUCUCGCCCCUGCUGUCUUUCGUGACCGAUGUGUAUACAAACUGCUCGCACAUUAAGCUCUUCGGCUCGUGUUUCGGGCAUCAGGUCCUCGCGCAGGCAUUGGUUCCCAGGUGUGUUGUGGAGGCUUGUCCUGCGGGGUAUGAGGUGGGGGUUGGUGCUGUUGCGCUCUCGCGCGAGUUUAUGGCGAGGUUUCGGGCUCCUUUGCUAGCUUCCCUGAUGUCGGAGGCAGAGGUAGAGGAGAAAAGGGUGAUGAGGCUACAGCUUAUUCAUGGGGAUUGGGUUGUUGCUGAGCGCGAGCUGCCGGAUGACUGGAUCAAUGUCGGUUCGACGACGCGGUGUCCCGUGCAGGGAUUAUACCGCCCUGGACGGGUACUAACCUUCCAGGGACACUUUGAGUUUGAUCCGACUGUGAACCGGGAAACGUGUCUAAAGUUUGGGAGGAGGUGGGGCUGGGAUGGGGAGUUAGUAGAAGGAUAUUUGAGGGAGAUUGAGGUGAAGCAUGGGGAGGAUGAUUCAGAAGUUGCGGCGGAGAUGGUAGUUUUGUUUUUUGCCGGGGAAGAUAUGAGAGUGGGACAUGCUGGUGGUGAAAUUGUUGAUAAGGCCAUGAAGAUGAAGGUGAAAGGCUGCUAA